AUGUCUUCAUCUGCUAGACCCACCGGUCUAAUAGCCAACUCAGGAAUCGAGCUUUUGACAGCCGGGACUCCUAAUGGCCACAAGGCCACGAUCAUUCUUGAAGAGCUCAAGGAAGCUUAUGGAAAACAAUACACUGUGCAGGCCAUCAACAUCAUGGAGAACAUCCAAAAGGAGCCAUGGUUUGUGAAGUUCUCUCCCAAUGGCCGCAUCCCGGCAAUCGUGGACCACGACCGCAACCAAUUCCCUGUCUUUGAAGGUUCUGCCAUUCUAGCCUAUCUCACAAGGCACUACGACCCCGAGCAUAAAUUCAGUUUUACGGACCCGGAUGAUGUGAGCCGUGCAGAGCAAUGGGUUGCAUGGCAGCAUGGCGGCCUCGGCCCAAUGCAAGGCCAAUCAAACCACUUCUACCGUUUCAGCAAAGAACGCAUCCCCUAUCCUACCCAACGCUAUCUGGGUGAAUCAGAGCGUCUCUAUGGGAUCCUUAACGCUCAACUAAAAGACCGGGACUAUCUAGUGGGCCCAGGGCGCGGCAAGUACUCCGUUGCCGAUAUUGCCAGUUUCGGUUGGGUGAACCAUGCGUAUCUGGCCGGCGUGGACCUGACCCAGUUCCCCAAUGUACAAAUAUGGUGGGAGAGGAUUGUUGCAAGGCCGGCAGUGCAGAAGGGUAUUACUGUGCCCAGUGACAGUAAAAUGCAUAAUGCAGGGUAUUUGAAGAGGUUGCAAGAAGAGCCGGAAUUUAGAGAGUCUGAGGAGAAGUUGAAGGAUUUGGCGAAGAAGGCGAAGGAGCAGUAUAACUAUAAGUAUAGUUCACCAUAA